CUUUGAAUCUCAGAGGCGGCUUUUGGGCUCCGGAGGCUGUGUAGUAUCAGAGGUUCUCUAGGUAAGUUUCCCAGCGGCUGGUGUUGAGGUGGAGACUCAGAGAUCUUCUGGAAUCCUGUGACUCAAGGGUAAGACUAAUCUUGAAAAGGAUGUCAGGGAUCGGGUUUUCUUCUGUGGCCCCAGGAAUCGGCCUAGUCGGGAGUGGUUUGCCGAUUUCCCUGUUGGGUGGGGAGGGGAGGGGAAUUGUGAAUUGACCCCCAAGAGGUGCUGGAACAGUUCGUCCAGUGGGGUCAUAAACCGUUCCUGGCCCCUCUUCUAUAGGAUGUGAUGGGACCCCUUCUCCCUCAGAUUUGAAUUUACUUGCUCUCUUGCUCUGGUCUCAUCUGUUCUAGGGUGAAGAGAUUAACGUCAUUCCAUCUGCCCCGUAGAUUUUUUUCCCACUCGAAGCUAAAACCUGAGAAGUCAGUUUUGGUUGCUGAUUGGUCAUUCUUGGCUUCCAUCAUUCAUAUGUCUAAUUGUUUUUUGUUGUUGUUUUGUUUCCCCUAUCUAACAGUCUGCCCAAGUACAUAUGCUGCUGAAUGGCGCUUCCAGCCUGCCUCUAAAUGAGUAUCUUUUUUUACACUUUUACACAGCGUAGGCCUACUGUAGGCCAGUUAUCUGUUUUCUUUGCCAACACCUGAACAUUAAUACAGGGAUGGCAACUCCAAGGCUUACUAGAAACUCCCAACAACAAAACAGAAUUUCUCAAGGCAGUAAUAGUCGUCAGACCACUCUCUUAGACUGGAAGGUGAAAGCCAAAGCAGGCAACUCCAAGAGUGUCUUGGAAGAAAGUAGUUCCCUGGAAGAUUCUAACCACGCUGACAAUCAAACUGAAGACGCUCUGCAGACAGCAGUAGAAUACUUCCAGAAAGGCCCUAAGAAAGUUUCACUGAGUAAAGAUUCGGUCUUGGAAAAACACUUGAAAACUGUGGAAAAUGUGGCUUGGAACAAUGGCUUAGCCCCAGAAGCAAUUGAUAUUUUAUUGAAUGUGGCACUCAGUGGCAAGUUCGGGAAUGCUCUAAGCACACGGAUUUUAAAGUGCAUGAUUCCAGAAACUCACGUAUCAGAAGAUUCUGUGGUUAAGGCAGUAUCCUGGCUCUGUGUUGGGAAGUGUUCUGGUAAUACCAAGGUACUUUUUUAUCGUUGGUUGGUUGCGAUGUUUGAUUUUAUUGAUCAUAAGAAGCAAAUUAAUUCGCUGUAUGGCUUCUUUUUUGUUUCAUUGCAAGAUGAUACUCUGGCAUAA